AUGUCUUACAUAUUUUCGUUGAAAGGUAAUCAAUCUGAAAUAAAACAAGAUUUUUUCCCAACAAUUCAGUUAGAUGGUAAUUAUUCCUGUGGAAUGGGUGAAAAGUUAGCGAUACUACAUGAAUCGCCAAUUAUGGUUGAUACUGGUUUUCACAUUGUUGACAUUCCUAAUGAAAUCAUAUAUUUACCAGUUAACACUAGAGAAAUAAGUCAGUUGAUCACAUCAAAAGAAUUGAUAAGCUAUGAACCCUUCAGUGGUAGUAGUUUAUCACAUGGUAGUAGUAUAAGAAUUGGGAUUCAAAACAAGGAUGCAAUCUUAUCAUUAUCAGAAUCUGAUCUCCUAAUACAAGGAACCAUUAAAAAAGUUGAUGAUGGUAGCGCUGUUAUUUCAGCGCUCAUAAACAAUGGAAUUGCCCACUUAUUUGAAGUUGUAUCAUAUAAAAUGAAUGAACAAGUAAUUUUCACAGUAUAUAAUCCUGGUGUUGCUUCAACAUUAAAUGGUUUUGCAGUGCUCUCAUCAGAUCAAGUUAAAGGAUUAUCAAAUGCUUCAUGGAUUUCUGAUGGACAAUUAGAUGGAACAAAGUUUAAUUUAACAAAAGAUGGAAAUUUUCUUUUUACUGUACCUUUAUCUCUAUUACUACCAUUUUUUGCUACAUAUAAAAAAGAUAUUACAAAUUCACGUCAUGAGUUGUCUCUUACACGAUCUCGAACAGAUGAAAAUGCUGUUAAGAGUGCUUCAAAAUUAAAUAUUGAUAUUACUAAAAUAGAAUGGAGGGUACCUACAAUUCAUCUUAAUGAUGUUGCAAGAUUACACAUGUUGGAUUUAAUAAAACGAAAUGUAACAAUUAAUGUAGCAUUUCAACAACACAUAAGCAUUCAUGGAUGGUGA